AUGGAACGCAAUGAGCUCGGCAAGGGCGGGCGGCCAGCAUUCACCGCACCUGGUCAUUGGUUUGUGUACCUCGUCUCGGUGGCCCGCGGAAAAAUCGCCGCGGGGUUUCUCUGGGCCGCGGAGGGGGCGGUCAUGCUCAGCUACCCCGAGCCGGAGAACCGGGGCAGGUACUUGGCCUACUGGCUCUACUAUCGUAACAGCGGCAGCAUCCUGAGCGGCAUCAUCAACCUCGCCUUCAACUACCAGGGCCGGCGUACGGGGAAGCUUGGUUGGAGGACGUAA